UACGCGGAGCGCUCAGCUGUGGCAAGGUGAAGGUCAAGUUGAAAAGUACCAAAACAAGGUUAAAUUUUUGUAAGUUAAAUGUAACAAUGGCUUUAAACAAAGUGACACGACUUUCUAGCAUGUGUACGCAUUUAGUGAGAAAUUGUUCAGCAGUCCAUACCUCUGCGGCUACAUUACAGAAAUGGAAAAUUGGAAAAAUAAACCAUAUUGCCAUUGCUACUCCAGACAUUGAGAAAACAGCAGCACUCUAUAGAGAUGUCUUGGGAGCAAAAGUCAGUGAAAAACAUCCACAGCCUGACCAUGGUGUUUAUACAGUGUUUGUUGAACUUGGUGAUACAAAAAUAGAGCUUUUAAACCCACUUGGAGAGAAAAGUCCUAUCCAAAAUUUUCUGGAUAAAAACAAAAGCGGAGGCAUGCACCACAUAUGUCUAGAGGUAGACAAUAUAAAAGAAGCAAUGAAAGAUCUAAAGUCUAAGAACAUCCGAUUGCUGAGUGAGGAGCCCAGAAUAGGAGCUCACGGAAAACCUGUGGUCUUUUUACAUCCUAAGGACUGUAACGGAACUUUGGUAGAGUUAGAGGAAGUAUAGACUGUGCUCUGGUUAUUGACACUGGAAAUAGUUCUAGAGAAUACUCAGUUGUUGUUACAAGAUUAGCUCAGAAUGCCAUGAUACAUGCCAGAAUACAGUUUUUGUAGAAUGAGUUUAAUCUGAUACCUCAACCUAUUUUGUAUUUUUUACUAAUUCAAACAAUAUUUUUUUUGUGUAAAAAAUUUAUUUUGCGUUCCCACAAGUCAUUUGAUAAGCCAGUUGGCUUUCUAUCAGUCGCUUUAUACAUAAUCAUUUUUUUUUUCUUAAAUAGUUUGUUUUAAAAACUCAGAACCUAUAUGUCUUGAAUACAUUUUCUGAAUUCAAAAGUAUACAUUUACAAGAUUUAGUUUGAACAUUGGAGUUCAGUUCUGAUAAUGAGAUCAUUUAAUCUUCCCUCAUAUAUUAUAAAGAUUGUGAAAAAUGCCAGUAUCAGACAUAUGCAUCUUUCAUUGAAUUAUAUCACUGACAAUUUAAAAUGUAAGAAAGCAAUGGAAGAACUAGAAUUAGAAGGGUUAUGUUUUGAAUAAUAUAAUACUGUAGAAUGCUACUAUGUGUAUCCACAUUAUUGAGGUUUGAUGGUGAAUUUCAUAUAGAAUCUACUGUUAAAUCAUUCUUAUUUGUUGGGGACUAAUUUUUAUGGAUUUCAGGUUUGUGUUAAUCCACAGAAAUUAAACCCCAACAAAUCAGAAUAUUUUUUGAUGAUUUAAUUAUGUCUUUAGAAACCGAAAUCCUCAAAUGCAUGUCCACAGAAAACAGUUGGAUUUUGCUAAAACAACUGUAUUUAUAUCCACUUAGUAUUUACAAUAUCAUGCUUGAACCCGGCUAACCUUGGUGUAAUACAGGAAGGCCUAAUUUAGUAUUUUUUAUAUUAAAAUAGUACCAAUAUGCUAGUACUUACUACGGUAUAUACAUUUGAUUAAUGUUAUACAUAGUAAUUGUUAGAAUGCUUAAGUUGUAAUUGUUAGAUGUUUUAGAAUUAUUUAUCUGUAUUUCAUUUUAAAAAAUAAAUGAUACUGUAUCGCUA